AUGGCACUCCUCGUUGAUAGGUUGAACGACGAAAAGGAGCGAUCACCUUGUCUAGAAAGCGAGAGUAGUGAAAAGAUGUGGGGAGCGCCGCGACGGAUACUGUUGGACGUACUGAUGGCUUGCUGGGGGCUCGGUACCUGGCUCGGUGUCAACGGACUCUACGUACAACUGCCUCUCCUCGUGGAGCGGCUACCCGAAGGAUGGGCUCUGCCAUCCUCCAUGACAGUCGCCAUCGUACUCGCGAACGUUGGUCUGAUAAUUUACGCCGUCAUGAAGAGGCUGUUCCCGCGCAUGUCGGACGCGCCUUACAUAUAUUCGUUGCUGGUAAUUGGAACCACGGCUUUAUUCCUCAACUCGUUCCUGUACACCGAGACCGCUCCUAUCGGUGGUAGGGAUCGAUCAGUGUCAUUCCUCGCAUUAACAUUUUUCGCGGCACUCGUUGGUUGCACGAGUUCUGUGCUGUUUUAUCCGUAUUUGCGGCAUUUCCGUGAUAUAUAUCUAGCUACUUAUUUAGUGGGUGAAGGACUUAGUGGUUUCAUACCGAGUAUCCUUGCACUCAUUCAAGGAGUUGGCGGCGAACCAGAGUGUAUAUAUUCGCCGGAUAACUCGACUGUAGAAGCCAUAUAUCCUCCGCCGCGUUUCAAUUCGACGGUGUUCAUCAUAUUGCUCGGUUGUUUGUCAGCCAUGAGCUUCAUAAGCUUCACAGUAAUAGACAAUUGCUCCAUAUUUAAUUCGGAGCGUGUGAAAGUAUCAGAAGCGGCGAAAGAAGAGGAGGCAUCGACGAUGGACGAGUCGAUUUUCCAGCCAAAGUGGGUUUUAGUAUUUAUAUUAAUGGCGUGCUUAAACGCGUUAAUGAAUGGAGCUCUCCCUUCGGUGCAAUCUUAUUCGUGCAUGCCAUAUGGUACGAGCACCUACCAUCUUGCAGUGUCUCUGGGGGCGAUGGCGAACCCGAUGGCGUGCUUAGCGGGCGUGUGGCUGAAGCCGGUGUCGUCGCGGAUACUCGUCGCCAUGCUUUCUUUUACGCUGUUGCCUCUGAGCUACAUUCUGGCCACGGCGCUGAUGAGCCCCACGCCGCCCCUGCACAGAGAAACUAGCGGACAAGUUUUAGUGAUCCUCGCGUGGGUGUCGGUGUCCGCACUCAUCUCGUACGCGAGGAUGUGGGUGUACAGCUUCGCGCGGAGCGGAGGAGCGCGCGGCAUGCGCGCGUGCGGCACUGUCACGCAGCUCGGCUCCACCCUCGGCUCGCUCUCCUUGUUCUUCAUCGUCAACUACACCCACCUCUUCACGCAGCCCGAGACCUGUCCGCUGCCUAUA